AUGGCUCACAUUCACACUCCCAUUCCACAGCUUAAGCUGAACGAUGGCAAUCGAAUUCCUAUGCUUGCCUAUGGCACUGGAACCGCUUGGUACAAGACUGGCGACGAAUCUAAACUCGACCAACUAUGCAUCGACAGUGCGAAGACAGCCAUUGGACUCGGCUACUAUCAUCUCGAUGGCGCUGAAGUUUACAAAACCGAGACAGAGCUUGGGACCGCCAUUGCCCAAUCAGGCAUUGCGCGUGAGAAGCUUUACGUGGUCUCGAAAGUCAUCACGAACAUUGCGGAUAUUCCCAGCGCUUUCAAUGCAAGCCUGAAGAAGCUCGGUGUGGACUACCUUGAUUUGUACUUGAUCCACUCGCCGUUCUUCGGCGAGACCAAAGAAGAGCAUCAGGCCAAGUGGAAGCAGAUGGAAGAGCUCAAGAACCAGGGAUUGGUCAAGUCCAUUGGAGUAUCGAAUUAUCUUCCCGAACAUCUCGAUUGGAUCCUCGAGACGUGCACCAUUCCGCCGGCCAUCAACCAGAUUGAGUUUCACCCCUACCUGCAGCACACGGAGCUCCUAAAGUACCACAAGGAGAAGGGAAUUGCUACAUCUGCAUACGCUCCCCAGGGUGCGGUGAUAAAAGCUGCUCCUGGACCAGUAGAUGGUAUCAUGGCUUCUCUGGCAAAGAAGUAUGCCGUUAGUCCGGGUGAGAUCAGUUUACGGUGGUGCAUCGAUCAGGACAUCGUCGCGAUCACCACCUCCAGCAAAGAACAACGCCUCAGCGAUUACCUGAGAGCUAUGACGUUCAAGCUCACACCGGCGGAGAUCAAGCAGAUCAACGAGGAGGGCGCGAAGAAGCAUGCGCGUCUCUAUUGGAAUCACAAGUACAAGGACGAUGACACUCGAUGA